AUGUCUCCAUUGGACUCAGAUGGAUCAGAUUCAGUCCCGAGGGCCUGCGUGAGAAAGCCCCAGAAAGGUAAUAUUCAUAAUAUUUAUUUCCUCGUGUCCCGACAGGUUAAUGGAAGGUUUCCUCACUGCCUGCUUUACUGGGAGAUGGAAAGAUCCAGAGGAGAGUGUCAGACACAACUGGAGCAGCAGACGCCAACUGCCACAGGAUGCCAGGGCGAGUGGAACAACGUCUCGUGCUGGCAUAGUGCAGCGGUCGGUGAAGUGCUCACCCUUCCUUGCCCCACCCCUUUCCUGCUCUUCUUUGGCAAGAACGGUAACCUCAGCAGGAAUUGCACAGAAAAAGGCUGGUCCUCUGUCUACCCAGACAUCAGAGUGGUCUGCUCGUCAAACAUCCCGGAUCAACCAAAAGAGCUGGUCUUCUACAAGGUGGUGCAGACUCUGUCCACUCUGGGUCACAGCCUGUCGCUCACUGCUCUGCUGACCAGCACCGUCAUCAUGUGUCUGUUCAGGCGGCUCCACUGCAUGAGGAAUUACAUCCAUCUGAACUUGUUUGUGUCCUUCAUGCUGAGAGCCGUGGCCGUGCUGAUCAAAGACAGCCUGCUCUUCUCGGAGGACGAAACCAUCGACUGCAGCGUGCAGCCCUCACUGGUGAACGCACAGAGCACUCCCGCCAGCAGUCAGCGGGCUGGCAAAGGGACCCCAGGACCAGUGGGCUGCAAGGCCAGCCUGGUGUUCUUUAACUACUUUGUCAUGGCUAACUUCUUCUGGCUGCUGGUGGAGGGCCUCUACCUGCACAUGCUGCUGCUCGUGGUCCACACCUACUCCACCCGCCUCUCGUUCUUCGUGUUCAUCGGCUGGGGCAUCCCUUUUGUUUUCAUGGUGGCGUGGAUCAUAAGUAGGAUCAAUCUGGAGGACACCAGUUGUUGGGAGAUUAACGACAACCCCAUUCCUGACAGACUCAUCAACUGGCCAAUCAUAUCGUCAGUCAUUAUUAAUUUCAUGCUGUUCAUCAGCAUACUUCGCAUCCUGGUUCAGAAACUGCGAUGUACUGAUGUCGGGGGAAACGAACAGUCCCAAUACAAGCGACUGGCAAAGUCCACCCUCCUGCUGAUUCCUCUGUUCGGCGUAAAUUACAUCGUGUUUUUCUACCUGAUGGAGCCAGAUGAUAAAACCUGGAAAAAAGUCAAAAUCUUUUUCGAUCUCGGCCUCGGAUCUUUCCAGGGUCUAAUCGUGGCUGUCCUCUACUGUUUCCUUAACAGUGAGGUUCAGAGUGAGCUUAGGAGGACGUGGAGAAGUGUUUCUCUGAAGCACUGUGUGCGACGGGACUACAGCCUCCACGCCAUGUCAGCCAACCAAAAUGGCGCGGAGAACAGGCAGUUUCCCCGGAACAUCCGAGCACAGUCCAUCCUGCAGACCGAGACCAGCAUGCUCUGA